AGCCACCAUGGAACGGUGGCACCUGCCCAGGCCAGGCUCAUCUGGUCUCACAGGGGCAGGCGAAGCCUCUCCAAGAUGGGGCCAGGGUGGGACCUGUGCCCUCCUCUGUCCGCAGCCGCCCUGGGCACGCUGGACUUCAGCCUGCUGUAUGACCAGGAGAACAACGCCCUCCACUGCACCAUCACCAAGGCCAAGGGCCUGAAGCCAAUGGACCACAAUGGGCUGGCAGACCCCUACGUCAAGCUGCACCUGCUGCCAGGAGCCAGUAAGGCAAAUAAGCUCAGAACAAAAACUCUCCGUAACACUCUGAACCCCACAUGGAACGAGACCCUCACUUACUACGGGAUCACAGAUGAAGACAUGAUCCGCAAGACCCUGCGGAUCUCUGUGUGUGACGAGGACAAAUUCCGGCACAAUGAGUUCAUCAGGGAGACACGUGUGCCCCUGAAGAAGCUGAAACCCAACCACACCAAGACCUUCAGCAUCUGCCUGGAGAAGCCGCUGCCGGUGGACAAGACCGGAGACAAGUCCCUGGAGGAGCGGGGCCGCAUCCUCAUCUCCCUCAAGUACAGCUCGCAGAAGCAGGGCCUGCUGGUAGGCAUCGUGCAGUGCGCCCACCUGGCCGCCAUGGACGCCAAUGGCUACUCGGACCCCUACGUGAAAACAUACCUGAGGCCAGAUGUGGACAAGAAAUCCAAACAUAAGACAGCGGUGAAGAAAAAAACCCUGAACCCGGAGUUUAAUGAGGAGUUCUGUUACGAGAUCAAGCAUGGGGACCUGGCCAAGAAGUCCCUGGAGGUCACCGUUUGGGAUUACGACAUUGGAAAAUCCAAUGAUUUCAUUGGUGGUGUGGUUCUGGGCAUCCACGCCAAGGGGGAGCGCCUGAAGCACUGGUUUGACUGCCUGAAGAACAAGGACAAGCGCAUCGAGCCCUGGCACACGCUCACCAGCGAGCUCCCAGGGGCCGUGCUCAGCGACUGAUGCCCACCCGCCACUGCUACCCCUGCCGCCACCUGCGCCUAGCACUUCCGGCCCCGGGCUUCCCCAGCAGCCACCAAGGCCUGUGGCCCCCACACUGGGGGAGAUCCAGAACCCCUGCUUGGACACAGAGCCACUGCAGUCCCCGCUCGGAGGAUGUGGAGGGCUCAGCCACUCUGGGACGGGGAGGGCAAGGAGCUGGGGUGGGGGGCUCUCAGCCCUCUGGCGCCCAAGAGGCCGGUGGUGGAAAGAGACCUCAGCACCUGCCCAGGGGAAGGGGACACGCCCAUCUGGGAGCAAAGACCCUUCUAGAGGCCAGCCCUGGUUGAGAGGACAGGAGUGUGGGGGUGCCUUGGCAGACAGUGGGAACAGAGGAGGGAGGUGGUGAGCAGACAGACAGGUGGAGGAUGGGACCUUGAAGACUGGCUGCUCCAGCCCAAGAAAGCCUGACUGCAUCCCUCAUCUCCUUCGCUGCUGGACAGAUGGAAGAAGCGGGCCUGCCGGCCGAAAGUCUGCCAGAGUUCCCGGAGGCUCCUGAUGACGGGUAAAUUGGCACAUGCUUCACUCAAUUAUUCCACAAGCCCUGGGGGUGAAUGAGACACAGGGCCUGCCCUCAGGGAGUUCCCAUCUAGUCAGGAAGCUGGGAACAAACCAUUCCAACUGGGGUGAGAAAUACCAAGACCAGCUUGGCCAGUCUGCAAGUACUGUGGGCUCUGUUGACUCUGCCGGGAGGUCAGGGAAGGCUUCCUGGAGGAGGUGGUGCUUCCGUAAGGCCUAUGGAGGGUGAGUGGGGGCUUCUAAAAGCAGUCCAGGCAGUGGGAGUGGUCUAAAACGGCCUGGAGAGAGAAAGCCAAUGGGGCCGGGGUGCUGUGGACCCAGGGUCUCCUCUCCAGGGGAGGGUUUGUUAGGAAGGUGUGAGGCUCGAGGCAGGAGGUGGGGGACGUGAUGGAAACACCAUGGAGAAACUGGUGUGGGCUGAAGUUCAGACCUCAGACCCAAGUCUCCCACUCUGAUCUCUUUCUACUCCUGAGGGACCUCAAGGGCGGAGCCCGCCCCUCCUCCUUCCCGGCAUAAGCAUCAGGUCAGCUGCGGUGGAGAAAAGGGUCCCUUGUGCUUGGGAAAAAAGCAAGCAUUCCUACACGUCCUGACUCUCCCCUCCCCUCCCCUCCACUCCCUGGCUCACACUGGGGGCCUCCGGGUGCUUGCUCAUGGCAUCUUGGUCCCACUACCGCCACAGAUGUCCCUUUUGGGAGUAAUCAGUGGCCGUCCAGGGCCUUGUCCACCCUCCAGGAGCUGAGCAAGAAUCACCCGGGCUGGUGGGCCUGUCUGCUCCCCUGAGUGAGACUCCCCAGGAGGCUUGAGAUUAUCUGAAUCUUGGGGCCCAUGCCUGAAGCCCACAAACUUUCUCUGCCUACCAAGGGCC